AUGGCCGCGCCGAGCCCCGGGCCCCGCGAGGUGCUGACCCCCUCCCCAGAGGCUGGACACAGAACAGCCGCCUUGCGCUCCAGCCGCUGUGGGCUCCUCUGGCGCCUACGGGACAAGCAGGCUCGCCUGGGUCUGUUUGAGAUCGGCCCAGGACAUGAGCUGCAUGGGCUAACAUGUAUGAUGCAGGCAGGGCUGUGGGCUGCCACCCAGGCUGCCAUGGACCACCCGCCCACGGGGCUGCCCACCCAGGAGGACUUCUCCGAGGUCCUGACCCAGGUUCACGAGGGCUUCGAGCUGGGCACUCUGGCGGGCCCCGCCUUCGCCCGGCUGCGCCGCUCGCUCGGCCUGGCGGAGGAGGACUACCAGGCGGCGCUGGGCCCCGGGGGGCCCUACCUGCAGUUCCUCAGCACCUCCAAGAGCAAGGCCAGCUUCUUCCUGUCCCACGACCAGCGCUUCUUCCUGAAGACCCAGCGGCGCCGCGAGGUGCGGGUGCUGCUCGCCCACCUGCCCCGCUACGUCCAGCACCUGCAGCGGCACCCGCACUCGCUGCUCGCUCGCCUCCUGGGAGUGCACAGUCUGCGGGUGGCCCAGGGCAAAAAGAAAUACUUCAUCAUCAUGCAGAACGUCUUCUACCCCGCCGGCCGCAUCUCCGAGCGGUAUGACGUCAAGGGCUGCCAGGUGAGCCGCUGGGUGGAGCCGGGCCCCGCGGGCAGCGCCGUGGUCCUGGUGCUGAAGGACCUCAACUUCCAGGACAAGACGAUGGAGCUGGGCCCCCAGCGGAGCUGGCUUCUCCGCCAGAUGGAACUGGACACCGCCUUCCUGCGCGAGCUCAACGUGCUGGACUACAGCCUGCUGCUGGCCCUGCAGCGCCUGCGCGAGGACGAGCGGGGCCAGGCCGGCAGCCUCGUCUUCCGCGUGGCCAGGUCCGUGCAGGGGGCGCAGAGCCCGGAGGCGCCGGGAGCCCAGAACCGCAGGCUGCUUCCCGACGGCCCCAACGCCCUGCACAUCCUGGACGGCCCGGAGCAGCGCUAUUUCCUGGGCCUCGUGGACCUGGUCACGGUGUACGGGCUCCGCAAGCGGCUGGAGCACCUGUGGAAGACGCUGCGCUACCCGGGCCGCACCUUCUCCACCGUCAGCCCCGCGCGCUACGCCCGCCGCCUGUGCCAGUGGGUGGAGGCGCACACCGAGUGA